AUGACAAUACAAACAACGACAACGAUGACCGGAUGCGCUUAUAUGGAAAAAGCCGUGCUACCAGGCCUAGUCCCAUUAUUUCACCUGUGGCUAGAACGUCCAGAGAGAACUAUGGUACAUGGGCAUUGCAAUGACAUGGAGAAUAUGGACCACUUCAUUUUUGAGUGUUUGUCGAAAGAAAAUCCUACCUAUAAAAUAGAAGUUGAGAAAGGCUGGAAAUAUAUUUCAUUACUUGAACAUACGGCCGAUGAAAAAUCUCCACACUCAAUGAAAAAUGAAACUAAAAGUGUGAGAAAAUCGUUCAGAUGUGCUAUGUACGAUGUGACUGACUACGAUCUAGACGGAGUCAGAAUUAUACGAAUAGCCAUUGCAAAAGCAAGAUAUGAAAUAUUAGAAGUAGAACAAUGUGAAGGCCUCGGAAAUCUAUUGGGAGAAACUGCCCUUCCAUUCGUUUCCGAGGGCGAACGGGAAUGGCCCGAUGGGUCAUUAUAUUUAUAUAUGAUUGGAAGGAAACCAUAUAUGUCGACAUAA